AUGGCGCGACCGAUUGAAGCUGUGAAAGACAUCAACGACUCAAAGGAUUUGUGGAAGAUUGCUGUUCGUUGUAAACAUAUGUGGACUGUGACAAGUUCAUCCAACAAACAACACUUGGAACUCAUUUUGGUUGAUUCAAAUCUGGAUAUGAUUCAAGCCAUUGUCCCACCGCCUUUGGUGUCAAGAUACUUGGCUGAACUUGCUAUUGGAGGGUCAUACAUAAUGCAGAAUUUCAAAGUCUCGAAUAAUGAUUUCUCAUUCAAAUCAAGUACUCAUGGUUUCAAGUUGGUCUUUUGUGGUUCAACUUUUAUUAGGAAAACAGAAUUACCAGACAUUCCUGUAAAUUUUUUAAACAUUAUUGGGUUGGACACCAUUGUUGAUGAAAAGUUUCAGUCUAAUUUGUUGGUUGAUGUUGUUGGAGGAGUUACUGAGAUUGUGCAAACUCAAAUCAAUGCUGAUAAUAACAAAAGCAAGGCUGUGUUUAUAAUAACCGAUAUGAGCAGCAAAUCUUUCGUUCAGUGUACUUUAUGGGGAUGA